GUAGACAAAAAAAAAACAAUUAUGUUGCGCCGAAAUGAGUAAUAUCAUGCGUUGUCCCGGACACCCUCAUAGAGAAUUCAAUAAACAGAGAGAACAACGCAAUUUGUCAGGGAGAUAGAAUUGGAGCUGAGAGAGAAGAGGACGCAGUGUGGGCGGGUUAAGAAACACGGAGAGGGAGGGGACGUCAGCGUUAUAUUCCCAUCGUUUUUGCCCCUUCAUGCGACGUCUGCCGAAAACAAGGACAUAGGUAUUGAGAUACUAUCAGUCUUAAAUCAAACUGAAGCGUGCACAUUUGAGCAUAUUCAAUAGAUCUGUGUAUGAAAUUCCGUUACCUGCGUUUUAGAUUUUUUUUGCGUCGGAGGAUAGCUGAGCUGCGGAGGCGCGGAUGCUACGAGGGUAGCGUUGGGUACCAAAACACCUCACACUCACCACGAUGGACAGAAUGAGUUCUCUCUCAUUCCUCCUCCUUUGCUUGACUUCGGUUGCCAAUGGCAACAAAGCCAAUAAGCACAAGCCAUGGAUCGAGACGGAGUACCAGGGUAUCGUCAUGGAGAACGACAACACCGUUCUCCUCAACCCACCACUGUUCGCCCUGGAUAAAGACGCUCCACUGCACUAUGCAGGUGAGAUCUGUGGCUUCCGGGUGCACAGUGGGCCCACGGGAUCCAGUUCGGUACAGUUUGAGGCGGUGGUUCUGGACCGCUCGACAGGGGAGGGCCUGAUCCGCUCUAAAGAGCCCCUGGACUGUGAGAGCCAGCGGGAGCACAGCUUCACCAUCCAGGCCUAUGACUGUGGAGAGGGCCCCGAUGGAGCCAACAGCAAGAAGUCCCACAAGGCCACGGUGCAUGUACGUGUGAAUGACGUAAACGAGUUCUCCCCAGUGUUCGUGGAGCGUCGCUAUGAGGCCUCCGUCCCCGAAGGCCGUCUGUUCGACCGCAUCGUGCGCGUUGAGGCCCUCGACGCAGACUGCUCCCCGCAGUACAGCCAGAUCUGCUUCUACGACAUCAUCACCCCCAACGUUCCCUUUGUCAUCGAUAACGAUGGUAACAUUAAGAACACAGAGCCAUUGGAUUCGAAGCGCCAGCGUGUCCACACCUUCUGGGUGACCGCGUUUGACUGUGGCAAGAACCGCGCUCAGGCCGACGCCCAGGUCGUCGUCACGGUCAAACCGUCCUGCAAACCCGGCUGGAUCGGUUGGUCGAAGCGGGUGGAGUAUACCCCCGGUUCAGGCAGCAUUCCCCUGUUCCCCAGUUUGCACCUGGAGACCUGCGAAGAGACUGUGUGGAACAUCCAGGCCACCGUAGAGCUGCAGACUGGCCAUAUUGGGAAGGGCUGUGACAGGGACAGCUACUCAGACCGAUCAGUGCGCAGACUCUGUGGUGCUGUGAGAGGUGAAGUGGACUUACUCCCGCCCCCGUCCCCAGCAGCCAAUUGGACCUCAGCCUUGCCCACCCUCCCUUCUUCUGAUUCGUCCCUGGUGUUCUCCUUCAAUGGCUCCACCCAUGUKGCUGUGGUACCCGACUCCGUUGCCGCGGCCGUAUCCGGAGACCAUUUCACMCUCCAGCUGUGGAUGCGAAGGGGUGGGAUCAACACCCAGCCUCCGACUAAUCAGGCCAGAGGAACCCGCAGGGAGGAGGAGACUAUCGUCUGCAGUACCGUCAAGAAUGACGACUCCUUCUCCCACUACUCUCUCUCCGUUCACGGUUGCCGUCUUUCUCUUUUCUACUGGCCCGACGUCUCCGCUGCGCGGCCCGUGAAAUUCCUCUGGAAACUGGAGCAGGUGUGUGACAGCGAGUGGCAUCACCUSUCCCUCAGUGUCCAGUUCCCCUCUGUGACACUGUAYGUGGAUGGAGUCACCUUCGACCCCGCCCUCAUCCACGACAACGGAGCCAUACCCAACCCUGCCCCACGACAGCGACUGGUCAUUGGCGCCUGCUGGGAGACAGAAGAUAAACAGAAGGACAUCCUUAACAACACCAUCCCUGAGGGGAAAGACACAGGGAAGUAUGUGGGUGGUUACCGUGGCCUGCUGUCAGGGGUGACGGUGCGUCCAGGGAGUGUGGAGCCCCACAGUGUGGUGGAGUGUCUGUACGCCUGCAGGGAGGGRCUGGACUUUGGGGACCUGGAGACCUUGGGCUCAGGCAUGAAGGUGCAUGUGAACCCCAGUCAGUCUGUGCUGGUUCUGGAGGGUGAUGACAUUGAGAGCUUCAACAGGGCCGUGCAACAGGUCACCUACAGGAACUCUCUCCGCUUCGCCACCCCUGGAGUCAGGCCACUCAAACUGACCACCUCCCUCAGGUGUUUCAAUGAGGAGAGUUGUCUUACGCUCAGGCAGUUGGAGGGCUACCUGGUGGUCCUUCAGCCUGACGCCCCUCAGAUCUCCCUGUCUGGGGUCGGCCCCCAUCUGGCCCGCCCCGCGCCUGAAUUCGAGGGCCCCCGUGGUGUACCCCUCUUCCCAGAGCUGAGGAUUGUGUGCUCCCUGUCUCAUGCUGUUAACACAGCCGCUCAGGGCAUGGAAGGAGGAGCUCUGAUGUCAGAUUGCCGUGGCCCACACUCUGGACGGCUGUGAGGUCCAGCCCCUGGGGGAGGAGCUAAACCCAGAGAGGGAGGAGCU